UCUCCUGGGAAGGCAUUGGGUGUAGUUUGCAGACUCGUUAAUUUUCCCACGAAAUAUUUUUUCGAGUUUUUGUUUUGUUGAUAUUGUAUUGCAAUAUACCGGCGUGAUAAUUUUUAAUAGUGGUUUAACAUGGCAAAUUCUGAGCAAGAUGCUGCAUCGAAAUAUCGUGUCCUUAUUCUUGGUGGAUGUGGAUUUAUAGGAAGACAUUUAGUAGACUACCUAAUAUCAAAUAAUCUUGUUUCUAAGGUGAGAGUUGUAGAUAAAGUUCCUCCACAGACAGCAUGGUUAAAUAAGCAUCACCAGGAAGUAUUUUCCAGUCCCCUAGUUGAAUUCAAAAGUGCUAACCUUAUAAACUCUACAUCUUGCCAAAAUGCCUUUAUUGAUGAGGAAGGAUCAUAUGAUUUUGUUGUUAACCUUGCAGCAGAAACAAAAAUGGGGCAAAGUGAUCCAGUAUAUAAAGAAGGAAUUGUGAAAUUAAGUAUUAACUGUGCCAAAGAAGCGGUAAAAAAUAAAGUAUCUAGGUUUAUUGAAAUAUCUUCAGGUCACGUUCAUUCUAGUGAAAAAACCCCAAUAAAAGAAUCUGCAAAGCCUGAUCCCUGGACAGUGAUGGCGAGAUUUAAACUGCAGGUAGAGGAAGAGCUUCCUACUGUAUCGGGCCUUGACUAUGUUGUUCUGAGACCUGCAAUUGUUUAUGGAGUUGGUGAUAAACAUGGCCUUAUGCCCAGAUUAGUUGUUGGAGCAGUUUAUAAACAUUUGGGAGAGAUGAUGAAGCUCUUGUGGCACAAAGACAUAAAAAUGAAUACAGUUCAUGUGUGUGAUAUGAGUAGAGCUAUAUGGCAUGCUUGUUUGCAUGGGAAAUCAGGUGAAAUUUAUCACAUAGUAGAUAAAGGUGAUACAACUCAAGGAAAAAUAAGUGAUAUUGUCUCAGACAUAUUUAAUAUUAAUCACGAUUAUUUUGGAACGACUAUGUCAACUCUUGCCAAGGUAGAUAUGUCAACAUUAGUAGAUGAUAUCAAUGACAAACAUUUAGGACCUUGGGCUGAAGCUUGCUCAAAAGAUGGUAUUGAGAACACACCUCUUAAUCCAUAUCUUCACCAAGAGUUGUUAUAUGAUAAGCAUUUAAACCUAGAUGGAAGUAAAUUUGAAGCUACUGGUUUUACUUAUAUGGUUCCAAACUUAACAAAAGAAAAAGUACAGGAGGUAGUGAAUGAUUAUAUUGCAAUGAGAAUUUUUCCUCGAUCGCUUGUGGUGUAAUGAGCAAUGAUCAAUCAAGACAUUUAAAAAAAAAUUAAGUUUUAUGCAAAGAAUUUUUGCUGAGCCUGAUGUAAUAUAUUAACAGUAUUUUGACUUUCAUUUACUUUUGAAAAUACCAUUAAUGAAGUUUUAUUGGUUAAACAUUAGAACUUUUUUCCUGCCUUCCUUAUAUGCGUGCCAGUUCCAUUUACACUAAGUGGGGCAAACAUUAUAAUUUUUGUGUGCAAUUAUGUUUGCAUUACGCACAUUUUAUUUUUAGAAUAGUGAAAAAGAUUGCCUUUCAUCCUAAAGUAUUAAGUUUUUAUGUAUAUGUCUGUAGUUACAUUAGUUCUCAUUUCAGUAUUUGCAAUGUAUUAUGUAAAGCUUUUAAUUUUCUACACUAAAACUAUGCAUCUUUCUCUAGGCUUAUUAUAAUCAAAUAAUGAUUACAUUGAGAAAAUUACUAUAUCAAGAAGUAUACAAUAAAAAUAAUUCAAUUUUAUUUCAACAUCUUACUUGAAUAAAUGCAUCAUAAGGAAUAAAAUUAGUAAAAAUAAUUUUGAAUAAGGUUUUGUUCAGAUAAUUUUUUGUAGUAGAUAUACUUCUUAAUUCACAGAAUUUGUACUUUUGAAGCACCGAGUAAGCUUAAAUUUGUAUAUAAAGACAUUGGAACAUUCCAUCAUCCCCCUAGAAAUUUUAUACUCUGUAUAUGUUAUUCCUUUGUUUAGAGAUUUUUAUAUGUUAUAAAAGGAUGUUGUUAAAAACAUUUUAUAUAAACAGCUGAAGCAUUUUCAUAAAUUAUAUUGCAUGUAAUUUCAAUAAUUUUUAUUGUGGGAUCUUUUUAUGUUUACAAAAUGCAUUCCUUUACUUGAAUUUACAAAAUAUUUUAAAAUAUAAAAGUAAAACUUUCCAUUCCAAAAUAAUUUUAGCUUUUUAUGAAUAUAAUUAGAAUUUAAAUUAAUUUUUUUAAUCUGUUGGAAUGUAUGCCUUUGUGAUUCUGUUUAAAAUUUGAAUUAUUACUAUCCUAAAAUUUAUUGGAUUGCCAUGCUGCUUAAUCUUAUAAAUACUAACUUCUGUAAAAAACAGAAAAUUUCAUGAAAAUUAAUAUUAUGUUUCAUUAGUUUAAUUACAGGACACUGAAAUGUAUAAUUCAGUUUCAUUUACUAGGUUAAAGAUAAACAUCCAUUACAAUCCAGAUAAAAAUAAGAAAUGACAAGUAACACUUGUCAUGAUGUUUCAUGACAUUUAUUUAUUUCAUGACAAGUGUCAAACCAUAGUUGCAUUCUAAAUUGUAAUAUAGUUAUUCUAGCAGGAGAAAAAAAAUGUAAUCUUUCUGUUUAAAUAUAUUGCUAUUUCUUUUUGUAAUGAUAAAGCAACAUAUACAAUAACAGCUCACUUAUCGAAGACAGAGCAGUUUUAGAAUACCACACUCAAGUUUCUUUUCGUAGAAAUAAAAAAUGACUCAUUUUACACAUGUGAGCUUCAACUUACUCUUUUAAUACAUUCAGAAUAAAGCUAAAAGUUCUAUUUUAACUGCAAUGUUUAUUUCAAAAAUACAAUAUAUUUUAAUGGCAAGAUUUUUUCCUUAACUUUAAUUGAUGUCAAAAAUUCAGUUGGGAUGUACUGCAAAAUUUUUAUAAUUUAUCUUCAUUUUUUUAAAUAGCUUAUUUAUUUUCAGAGAAUGUUUAUGAUAAAACAAAUUUUAACUAACAUAAACCAUAAAUUUAAGUACUUAGCAAUCAUUUUGUGAGGAAAUACUUUACAACCUAAUAGUUUUGCUCAUAAAUACACUGUUAUUAUUUGUGAAAUACAUUUAUUUUAGUACAGUGAGAAUUUUUUUAUGUUGAUUUAAAAUAAAUUACAAAUGAUUGAUUUGUAGGCUUUGAUUCAUUCAAUGUAUUUAACUAUUUUGGUUAAAACUCGGGUUUGUAGAAACCUAUGAGGGAGACAUUUGAAUUCCCUCCCUUCCCAAAUGGGAUAAUUAAUUUCUGUAACUUCUGCAAAAUAAAAUAAAAUUUCAGUUUUUGACCUAUGAAUCUGACAGGUCAAGGCUUUUAGUAUAGAAUAUUAUAUCUUUAAUAUUUUAAACUGUAAAAAGUAAUAAUUAUAAAUAACCAAGACUAUAAACCUUUUAAAAAAAAAAAAAAAAAAAAAAAAGCAAGCUUGUAUUUACUAUAGUUUACACAGUAGCUGGAGCUUUGUAUUUUUAUAAAUAAAUUCAACAUCGCAAGUGCUAUUAAAAUGCUUUGACAAUGGUUAUAGAACCUUAUGAUAUAUAGAUGGUACUUCAUAAAAUGUUCAUUGUAUGAGCAUCUUUUAUCUAAUAAUCUAAGAGGGUUUGAUUUAAAUAUAAUGUCAGUGUGUUUUUUAAAAUUGAUCUGAAAGCUUUUUUGUCACAUUUUUGUAUUAAAUAUAUGAAAAAAAUAUUUUAAAAAUGUGCCAAAAUGCAUGUUUUAUGUAAUUAUUAAUUACCUGUUGUAAACAAUGGGCAUUUACUGUUAAGUUUGUUUUUUGCUAGUUUGAAAAUGUUCUUUUUUCAUUUAUAGAAAAUUUAAUGUGUUUGAUGUGUAGUGUAUUUCUAUACUUUUUAAAGUAAAAAAAAAAAGGACUGUAUGAUCAAAAUUUUUUUUCUUUUUGUCGAAUGGAGUAUUUGUGUUUUUAAACUUGUGAUACCAGAUACUUAGAACAGUGCUUCUUUAUAUUCAAUGUAAUAUAUUCAUAGAUAAGAAAUUUACAACAGAUUUUGUAUUUUUCAGUCUAUUUUUUGAGUAAAAAUAGCUUUAAGUGUUAUUGCAUUUAAUAUAUUGGAGAUGUACUGUUCUAGAUUAUCAUUGUAUUUCCACUAAUGAUCUAGCUAAUUCUUGUACUAAUGGGACCAUUUACAUGUUUUUCAAUUCUUUCUAUUGUUAUGAAUGCCUAUCAGUUAUAAAUUAUACAAAAUCCAUAAACCAUUAAAGGCUUUGUAAAAUAAAUAUGGAUCUGUUAUGCAAA